CCCCCAAAAAGGAGCCGCGCAAAAGGGAGAUCACCAUCCAACCCGCGAGCUCUGAGCUCCUGGAGCGGCAGGAGCGCGCGCGCAGAAACAGGUGCAUCCCGUUGCUCUACACACACUUUCACAUACACACACACACACACACACACUUAGACACACACACAUACUCUUAGAUACACACACUCUCUCAAAUACACACACAUUCUUACAUUUUAAGCAUCAUCCCGCGCGCAAUGGCUUCGUCGGAGUGAGAGGAGGAGAAAUCGCAGGACGAGGCGCGCGCGAGGUGAGGAGCCAUGAACCGGGAUAAAGCGCCGGCGGGCGAGCUGUCCAUCGACCCGCCCGCACAGACCGCCGUGAUCGUGGCCGCCCCUUCGGAGAGCGCGACGGACGCACGCGGAGACAAGCGUGAGACUUUGCCCACGGUGCCGCAGGGCGACGGGCGGGAUGGAGCCGCGCGCCACGAGGUGCCCCCGGUUUCCCAUCGGACCACCUCCUUCUCCGUUCUGGACAUCCUGGACCCAAACAAGUUCACCAGCAAGCGGCAACCGACGAGUCGCGCGGGCUGCGAGCUCCCCUACGGCGCGGAGAACCGGGACGGACUGAAGCUUCACUCGGAGGAGCACGAGGCCCGGAAAGCGCCCGGAAUCUUCAAGGACGGGUUCGUGUUCAGGUCCGAGCUCGAGCCCGAGCUGACCCGCGCCAGUCCCGCGGACGUGGAGCUGCACGAGGACGCCUGCAGUGAGGUCAGCGACGGCGGCGCGCUCGCGGGGAACGGAGAGGACGACGGCGAGCGCGAGGAAGAUGAGGAGGACGACGACGAUGAGACGACGCUGCUGAAGAGCGCGAGCCCCGGGGGCACGCAUAGCCACGGGCACGCGCACGGGACCGCGAGCCAACAGUCGCAGCAACAGCAGCAAACCAAGCCCAAGAGAAAGCGCUCGGGCUCAGACUCCAAAUCGGGCAAACCGCGGCGCGCGCGGACCGCCUUCACGUACGAGCAGCUGGUGGCGCUCGAGAACAAGUUCAAGUCCACGCGCUACCUGUCCGUGUGCGAGCGCCUAAACCUGGCGCUCUCGCUGAGUCUGACCGAGACUCAGGUCAAGAUCUGGUUCCAGAACCGACGGACCAAGUGGAAGAAGCAGAACCCGGGCGCGGACACGAGCGCGCCGGCGGGCGGGGUGGGAGGGGGCGCGGGAGGCGGCGUGGGCGGUGGACCCGGCGGCCUCAGUCCCCUCAGCCACUCCCCGCCCAUGGGCGGACACUUGGCCAUGCACUCCGGCUACGGGCCGCCCGCGCCGGGGGGGCUCGUGUGCGCCACGCAGCUGCCCUUCCUGCCCGGUCACGCGGUGCUCUCGCCCUUCAUGCUGGGCUCGCAGACUUACGGAGCCCCGGCCUUCUACACCCCGCACCUGUGAGCGGGGCGGGCGGGUUCGGGUCCGGGUCCAGGUCCUUGUUCCGGGGGAUGGUUUUGGGGCGGUGGUGUGUUAUGUGGUGAUAUGGCGCGAGGGCGGGAUCUGCCGUCACUCCACGUAUUGAUGUGUUUCUUAAUAGUGUCCCUUUUAUCUGAUGACCCGCAAAACCUGAAUCCACUCCGGAGCCGGAAAUAGAGACGGACUGGAGUCAUCAGGUAGAUGAUGAGACAUCAGGUAGACCAAUAAAACACUGUGGUCUGACAGAACAGUCUUUAAAAGUCUUAUUUAUUAUUAUUAUUAUUAUUAUUAUUAUUAAUAAUAAAAAUUAUGAAUUAAAUUUACUUUUGAAUGCUUAACACAUAUUAAGACAGUAAAGUACAGUCAACUACUUUAGUUUAUUUAGGAAUAAUCUACUAAAGUACUACUAAAUAAACAUAAUCUGAAUCUGUAGUAAUGUGUAUUUUAGAUAUGCUAAAAACUAAUAUUAUAGAAACGGAUUGAACGUCCUUUAUUACCAAAACACUGAAAAUAACCCUGUCUGUCUGUUUGGGAUGAGUUGAGUUAAUGUGGGGCAGUAUGUUGGUAAUAUAUGUUGGUAUUUAUCUCCUCCAUCAAGCCAGUAUUGUUUUUGGCAAAUCUAAAAACCUCAAACACUCAAAGAGCUCGAGGACGAUGAGAAAAAAACAUGAGUGUAAAGAUCUAAACGAUUCGUCCAGAUUUCGUCCAAAAAACGUCUUUAAAACAACGUUGUAUUUUAAGAAACCAGGAUGUUGUUUAACGUUUUGGAUGAGAGUUUAAAACUCCUGCCAACAUUUAGACAACGUUAUUAAAAACCAGAACAAACACGGUUUAGUGGGGGUCAGGAUGUGUUUCCUGAUUAACUGGUGUCUAUAUUUUAGUGAGAAAUGUGAAAAACAUACAUCCAUAAAAAUAAAGGUGCUGGAUAGGAAAAUAAUUGGAAGUGUGAAGAACCUCCAUUAAUGUUUAUUUCUUUACACGGUCUUAAAAUAUUUAUUUAUUUUUAGAAAAAUUAUCUUAAUGGAAUCAAAAGUGUUUAAUCUGACCCUCAAAUUACUCUUUUAUUUUAAUUGUAGUAAUUUUACAGUUUAUGGGUGUUUUUAGGUCAGACCAUACUGGGCCAACACUGCACUUCUUUCAUCAGUCUGACUGGAAAUGUAGUUCAUAUCACCAGAAACUGGAUUAAAAUAAGAGUUUAGAUUUCCUCUCACCUGAUUUUACCUGUUUUUACCUGAUUUUACCUGUUUUUACCUGAUUUUACCUGAUGUCUCCUCGUUCCCGAACCCUCUCUACCGGAUCCCGGACUCUGAACUGAUGAAGGAAAUUGAAUCUGUUUAUGAUCUGAUUUGAUCUGAUCUGGUUUGAUCUGAUUUAAGGCUCUUCCUGUAAAGACUGAUAAAGACUUUCUAAAGACACUAAAGUGCUGAAAGCUGUUCGGACAGAAAACACGUAUCUCCACGCUCGACGCGUUUCACACUAACAGGAUCACUCCGGCAGUGUGAACACUUUCCUACUUUUAAAUCGAUACUAAUGUGCAGAAUUUCUCUGAUUCAGGCUGUAAAUAUUCGGAGUGUUUAGAUACUGAUUUUAAUGCAAAUAAUGAAAUUAGUUGGAAUAAAACAAAAGACGUAUCAAAACCAUCAUCCAGCUCAUCUGGAACUGGAAUAAAUGGUGAAAUGUUUAUCUGAGACUUUUUAAAUGUUUAGGAUUAUUAUUAUUUAUUUCAGAAUUUACACUGUUUCAUUGUUUUGAAAAAGAAAGUUUAAAUAAAA